AUGAGCCCGGUCGCUCUGACUAGCCCUUCCUACUUCGGGGUAUCGCCUAGCCUAGGCCAAGGGCUCAAAUGCGACCCCUCCCGGCGUCCAUCUCCAUGGACGGACCUUGCGCACUCCUUGUCAGAGUCGAUACUCCCUCCCACCCCACGCUCCACAUCCACAACCACCACCACGCCCGCCGCUACCGGCCCCUCUCCCUCCCCUAUCCCCUCGCGCGGAUCGCCUACUCCAGACUCCACCCUCUCCUCCUCCGCCCUUCGCGAAUGGGACCGGCUCCUCCUCGAGUCCUCCGGCAAUGCUAAGCGACACCACCUCAUCCAUCCUCCCCCUCAAGCCCAGCUGGCCGCGGAGAGGGAUAAGGACGGGCAUAUCGAGUACAAGCUGAAGCUUAUCGAUCCGACGCCGGAUCGGUUCGAGCGGCUGGUCACGCAGAUGCUGUGGAGGUUGAAGCAGGGGCGGAAUGAGGCUAUCUAUGAGAUUGGGUUGGCAGACGACGGAACAGUCAUCGGCCUGACUAGGGCAGAGAUGGACGCCUCCCUUCAUACCCUCGAGCAAAUGGCGGCAGAGGUGGGAGCUACCGUCCUCAUUCUCAAAGAGAUCGUCCUAUGCUCUUCGUCCGUCCUUCCGCGCCACUCCUCAACGUUCGGCGAGACCGAGACGGGUACCUCGCCAGGUCUAUCCUCUAUCUCGCCCUCGGCGCUCAGCCUCUCGUCGGACGUAGACGCAGGAGGGUGGAUGGUGCCCCGCCCCGACCUGGACGCGGCGGGUCAGCCGAGGAAAGGGACGAGGAGUAUAAGUCAUGGAUCGGCGGGAUGUCCGUGGAGAGAUGGGAAGGUGGGAAAGAGAGGUAUGGGAAAGGUGAUGGUGUUUGAUCAGGCGGAGUUGGGGAAUGGGGGAAGUGAGGAUGGAUCGCCCUUCUCCCCGUUGGACUCGGACGGUGGGAAGGGGGAUAAUGGGGAAGGGGACGGGGACGAUGAUAUCCCUCCUUUCCACCUCGACCUCGAUAUCGACCUGGAAGUCAACCUCGUCCCCGCCCCAAAUCCCUCUCCUCACGCCCAUCCGCGCGACCCCUCGGACCCAAACGCGCUCAAAUCUGCAAAGAGGAGGGAGGCGAGGAGGUUGGAAUUGUAUAAAGGGGACGGGACGAAUCCACUUUGGACGGAGCAGAUCAUCUCACACCCGCACCAGCCGGCUCGGCCCUCUACACUCCGACUGGCUACGCCUGCCUACCCGGCUUCGUCCUCUUCGUCCUCGUCGGCGCUGGCCAGUCCGGCCGAUCCGGACCCGUUCCUCGUUGAUCUAUUACACGUCCCGCUCGAUAAUCUUUCGUUGUCGUUUGCGGACGUAAGGACGGUUACGGAUGCUUCGUCACCUGCUUCUUCUGUCAGCGAUGAUGACGGGAACGACGGUAGAGACGGCGAUGAUGGGGAUGAUGGGGAUGAGGGGGAUGAGGGCGAUGACAGUGCGGAGUCGCUCACCGAGUGCGCUACUUCCCCUCCUCUCCCCACCGGCGCACUCGGCAACACCAUCCAUCCAGCCACCGUGUCCGGCGUCAUCGGACAACUAGGACCGACGAUCAUCAUGCCCCGCCCGGGCUUCGAGCGCAUAUGUGUCGAGGCCCUUGUGGUGCGCAAGACCGCCGAGGGGGUCGCGGGCGUGACGGAGUGGUGCGAGGAUGGGGAUGAUGCGUGGGGGUUUGGAGCAGAUGGGGAUGGGGAGGAGGGGGAGGUGGAUCCGGAUGAUGGGUGGGGGUUGGAGGGGUGA